UCUGUCUCUGUCUCUCUGUCAUUCCUCUCACUACCGAAAUCUUCUGUGUUGAGCAAUUUGGGCAUGAUUUUUAGCACUUUUCCCUCAGAGUGAAGAUUUUUGUGUCUGGAAGGACUGUUUGCCAGUCAUUUUUCAAAGUCCCAUGUGCUUAGGUGGCUGUAGUGCAUCAGGUCACUUAGUGACUUUGGGGUUGUCUUCCGAUUGGGGGCACACAUUAUUGGUGACUUUGGGGAUCUACAGUGUGUGGCCCAUCAGAAUCUUCCCUCAUCGUUCACUCUUCUCUCCUGGGAUCUGUCCUGUGCUCUGAGGUCACCUCUGCCUAUAUCCUGAUGUUUGUGAGGAGACGUUGUCACCUAGACUGUGUUGGUUUGGUGUGGACGUCUGUGGGCUUUUUCCUGUACCACUGUGAUUGGGCUCGUCUGCAUUCAUUGGGAAUUUUCAGAAGAAUAAAAAACUCCGCUGCUACCUCAUGCCAUCCUGUGCCGGUGUUCUCACUGCAGCAAACAGUCCCACCUCUGCAGGAACAAGAGAGUUCAUGCCUCAGAGCCGGAGAGCUGCAAGGUCAGGAAGCCGUCCUGGGUCAAGGGACCCCUGACCACCGGCCUCUCCCUGGAGGACCCUGGCAAAGACACAAGAAUCACAGGACAGAGCAGGUUCUAGAGUGGCUGUUUAUUUCUCAGGAGCAGCCAAAACCCACCCAGUCUCAGGGACCAUUGUCAUUCGUGGAUGUGUUUGUGGACUUUACCUGGGAAGAGUGGCGGCUGCUGGACCCCUCCCAGAAGCACCUGUACCGGAGUGUGAUGCUGGAGAACUACAGCAACCUGGUGUCCCUGGGGUAUCAAGACAGCAAACCCGACAUCAUCUUCAAGUUGGAACAAGAAGAACCGUGGAUGAUGCUGGCCCAAAUCCCAAGUCAAGGCCAUCCAGAAAAAGUCGAGGAAAUUGAUCGUAUGGAAUGGCAUCAGGAGAAUCAAGGCAAGUUGGAAAGUACGGCAAAAGGCUACGAAUGUACGACAUUUGGGAAACUGCACCUUCUUAGUACAAAUUAUGUUUCUUCAGGACAAAACCUUCAUAAAUACGUCACACGUGGAAUGAGUUUUAAAUAUAAUACAGAUUUCAAUAGUAAUCAUGCUGGAAAGAAUGAUCCUAAUGAGUUUCAUGCAUAUAGGGAAUCAUUCCACCAUUCUAAACAUGAGCAAACUGUUAUUGGAAUAAAAUACAGUGAAAGUAAUGAAUCUGGAAAAAUUGUCAACAAGAAGUCACAACUCAUGUGCCAACAAACGUACGUAGGAGGAAAACCUUUCGAAUGCAGUUUUUGUGGGAAGACCUUCAGCAGUAAGUCCUACCUUGCAGUGCAUCAACGAACUCAUGUAGAAGAGAAACCCUACAAAUGUGAGGGAUGUGGGAAGACCUUCAGCAGCAAGUCCUACCUCACUGUCCACCAGAGAACUCACACAGGCGAGAAACUCCAUGAGUGCAGUGACUGUGGGAAAGCCUUCAGUUUCAAUUCACAACUCGUUAUACAUCAGAGAGUCCACACAGGAGAGAGUCCCUAUGAGUGCUGCGAGUGUGGGAAAGUAUUCAGUAGGAAAGACCAGCUUGUUUCACACCAGAGAACUCAUUCAGGACAAAAACCCUAUGGUUGUAGUGAAUGUGGGAAAACUUUUGGUUUGAAGUCACAGCUCAUUAUACAUCAGAGAAUUCAUACAGGAGAGAAACCCUUUGAAUGUAGCGAAUGUCAGAAAGCUUUUAAUACAAAGUCAAACCUUAUGGUACAUCAGAGGACCCAUACAGGGGAGAAGCCCUAUGGUUGUAGUGAAUGUGGAAAAGCCUUCACUUUCAAGUCGCAGCUCAUUGUACAUCAGGGGCUUCACACAGGAGUAAAGCCCUAUGGGUGCGUCCAGUGUGGGAAAGCCUUCAGCUUGAAGUCGCAGCUCAUUGUGCAUCAGAGAAGUCACACAGGAAUGAAACCUUAUGUAUGCAGUGAAUGUGGCAAAUCCUUCAGGAGCAAGUCGUACCUCAUUAUCCAUAUGAGAACUCACACAGGCGAGAAACUCCAUGAGUGCAGUGACUGUGGGAAAGCCUUUAGUUUCAAUUCACAACUUGUUAUACAUCAGAGAAUCCACACAGGAGAGAGUCCGUAUGAGUGCCAUGAAUGUGGGAAAGCCUUCAGUCGGAAAUACCAGCUCAUUUCACACCAGAGAACCCAUGCUGGGGAGAAGCCCUAUGAAUGCAGUGACUGUGGGAAGACUUUCGGUUUGAAGUCACAGCUCAUUAUACAUCAGAGAACCCACACGGGGGAGAAACCCUUUGAAUGCAGCGACUGUAGCAAAGCCUUUAAUACAAAGUCAAACCUUAUUGUACACCAGAGAACCCAUACAGGGGAGAAACCGUAUGGUUGUAGUGAAUGUGGAAAAGCCUUCACUUUCAAGUCGCAGCUCAUUGUACAUCAGGGAGCACACACUGGGGUAAAACCAUAUGGAUGUAAUCAGUGUGGGAAAGCCUUCAGCUUAAAGUCGCAGCUCAUUGUGCAUCAGAGAAGUCACACUGGAGUGAAACCCUAUGGAUGCAGUGAGUGUGGCAAAGCCUUCAGGAGCAAGUCGUACCUCAUUAUCCAUAUGAGAACUCACACAGGCGAGAAACCACAUGAGUGCAGUGAAUGCGGGAAAUCCUUCAGUUUCAAUUCACAGCUCAUUGUGCAUCAGAGAAUCCACACAGGGGAAAAUCCCUAUGAAUGCAGCGAGUGUGGAAAAGCCUUCAACAGGAAAGAUCAGCUCAUUUCUCAUCAGCGAACUCAUGCAGGGGAGAAACCUUAUGGAUGCAGUGACUGUGGGAAAGCCUUUAGUAGCAAAUCCUAUCUCAUUAUACACAUGCGAACUCAUUCAGGAGAGAAACCGUAUGAAUGUAACAAAUGUGGGAAGGCUUUCAUUUGGAAGUCACUACUCAUUGUACAUGAGCGAACUCAUGCAGGGGAAAGCCCUUAUAAAUGUAGCCAGUGUGAGAAAUCCUUCAGUGGAAAGUUACGGCUCAUUGUACAUCAGAGAAUGCACACGAGAGAGAAACCCUAUGAAUGCAGUGAAUGUGAGAAGGCUUUCAUUAGGAAAUCUCAGCUCAUUGUACAUCAGAGAACUCACUCAGGGGAGAAGCCUUAUGGAUGCGAUGAAUGUGGGAAAACCUUCUCUCAGAAGUCUAUCCUCAGUGCGCAUCAGAGGACUCACACUGGAGAGAAACCCUGUAAAUGCACUGAAUGUGGAAAAGCCUUUUGUUGGAAGUCACAGCUCAUUAUGCACCAGAGAACUCAUGCAGAUGAAAAACGGGUUGAUGAGUUAAAUGUAAGAAAUUUUCUUCCACAAGUCAACUCAUAGGAAAUACCAGCAAAUUCAUAUAGAAGAGAAACUCCGUGAGAUCAUCUCA